UGCAGUCUGGCGCUGUCGGCCAUGUAACGUACGCUCCAUUACCUGCGCGCGAGGCUGCAGUGUGCUCCACGGCGCCGGAGAUUAAUGCGUUUCGUCCCGCGGCGGACAGAGGAGGAGGAGGGGGGAAGGGGCCAGACUCCCGGCGGAGAAGGAUGGACAGAGUGACAGAAGAAGCUCUCCGCCUCAACCUCCUGAAGAGGGGUCUGGAGCAGCCCGAUGACCGUGAGGAUGUUCUGGCCAAGCAGCUCAAGAUGGAAGGCCACGAGGCCAUGGAGAGGCUGAAAAUGUUAGCUCUUCUCAAGAGGAAGGACCUUCCCGGACUGGAACUGCCGCACGACCAUCCUGGCAAACAGGAUGGGCUCAAACUGUACGACGAGAAGAUGAACGGGAACCUGCGGCCCCAUGUGGACUCCCGGCCAGGAGGAAGGCACGGCAAGGAGAACAUCGAGGAGCCGGUGGAUAUGAGCUCCAGGCGCGGGGAGCAGGACCGGGCCGGACUGACCCCCUCUCCUGAUGUCAUCGUCCUCUCUGACAAUGAGGCCUCCAGUCCACGGUCCACCUCGCGUCCCGAUGACAAAAUAAAGAUGGCCAACCUGGAGAUGUUCAAGGGUAAGAGCAUGGAGGAGCGCCAGCAAAUGAUAAAGCAGUUGAAGGACGAGCUGCGGCUGGAGGAGGCCAGGCUGGUGCUGCUGAAGAAGCUGCGUCAGAGUCAGCUCCAGAAGGAGAAUGUUCUGCAGAAGAAUCCCGUAGCGCAGAACGCGGCCACCAUCGUACAGCCAUCUCCAGCACACGUGGGGCAGCCCAACCUGGCGAAAGUCCCAUCGCGGCCGGGAGCACCGGGAUUAGAGGUGCAGAAUCUGCGCAGCAUUCAGACUCACAGCGUCAUCCGAUCGUCAUCGAACACCCCCUUGCCCCAUAUGAUGAUGUCGCAGAGAGUCAUCGCCCCCAAUCCCACCCAACUCCAGGGCCAGUGCGGGCCGCCCAAAUCCAGCUUGAUCCGCAACAGCACGCCAAGCAUGACGCAAGCGCUGAACUAUCCGCAGCAGUCCACUUCAUCCCUCCAGUGCCAGCGCAACAGCUCGUCGGCCAUGUACAUGAACCUGGGCUCCCACAUGCAGGGUGGCUCCGUGAACCGAGUGUCUUCUCCUCUGCCCAGCCCCAGCUCCAUGCAGGAUCCCGUCAGCUCACAGGCCGCCGCCAAGCUGGCCCUGCGCAAGCAGCUGGAGAAAACGCUCCUGGAGAUCCCUCCUCCGAAGCCGCCUGCCCCGCUCCUUCACUUCCUGCCCAGCGCCGCCAACAGCGAAUUCAUCUACAUGGUGGGCCUGGAGGAGGUCGUGCAGAGCGUCAUCGACAGUCAGGGCAAAGGCUGCCCUUCGCUGCUCCACAUGGACCCCUUCAGCUGUGCCCAGUGCCGCACCGACUUCACCCCCCACUGGAAGCAAGAAAAGAGCGGCAAGAUCCUGUGCGAGCAGUGCAUGACGUCCAAUCAGAAGAAAGCACUGAAAGCAGAGCACACCAACCGACUAAAAAAUGCCUUUGUCAAAGCCUUGCAGCAGGAGCAGGAGAUCGAGCAGAGGUUGCAGCACCAGGCCUCCCUAUCACCGGGCACCCCUCCGAUCGUCAACAAGCAGGAAAGCAUCAUGCGGCAUCACUCCAUGAGACCGCAGGCUGCACAGCCCCAGAGUGCGAUGCAGAGAGGAAUGCCCACGGCCCGCUCCAUGCUCUCCAACUUCGCCCAGGCGCCUCAAUUACCCGUGGCCGGGAGCUUGCUGGGCAUGCCAGGUGUGAACAUUGCAUACCUAAACGCUGGAAUGGGAGGCCACAAACCCGUCACCCUGGCGGACCGGCAGCGAGAGUACCUCUUGGAUAUGAUCCCCCCACGUUCCAUAUCGCAGUCCAUCACCGGGCAGAAAUAGCCACAGCCUACCCAACCCCCGACACCCCGCAUCAAACAGACUGGCAGACCUUACUGAGGCCUGGGAUGAGCCAGUCCCCCACCUCUUACCUCCCUCCUUCCC